UUUAUUUCGAAAAUCUUGGUUACGCGCAAAGUUGGGGUGCUUGUUUGGGCUUCAUAAAUGUUUUGUUUAUGGUGUCUGUAUAGGCCGAUUGUGUGUGUUUAAAGAUUUUGUUGGUAAUUUCAUUUGUUGGUGAUGGGUAAUCAAAUGAGACUGCUAUCUAAACCAGAGACUGACUGUGAGUUUGAAUCUGGUACCGGUAAAGCUUUCACUUAUACAGCAGCUGCUAUGCAGGGAUGGAGAAAGUACCAAGAGGACAGAUAUGUUUGCAUCCCUGAUUUUUAUGAUGGUUGCAGUUUCUUUGGUGUUUUUGAUGGUCAUGGAGGAUCAGAGGUUGCUGAAUUUCUUAAGCGUAGGCUACAUUUAGAAAUUCAGGAUUCCCUUCAAUCAGAAUUUGAUAUAGAGCUUGCUUUGCAUUCUGGUUUUCUGUCAUGUGAUGCCAGUCUUAGAGAACCUGCAAACAUUGCUGAGUUAAAUGAUUUGGUGGAAGAAGAAAACCGAGGUGCUUUACAAAUAUUAAGGAACCAGGAAUCGGUUGAUGCAGACAUGUCUGAAGCUGCAGAGGAGCAAGCUGGCCCUAGUGGUGGAUCUACUUCUACUGAGAAUUUGUAUAAUGCUGGAAGUGGAGCGGUCAAUCAAGUUUUUUUUCAAGGUAUUAUUCCCAGUUCCAGCCCAGAAAAUGAAAACUCUCAACAAGAUGCUGAAGAAAUGAUGCAAGUUGAAAGGCCACUACACUAUUUGUUAUCUGAUGAUAUUGAACCUUCAGAUCCUGGCGAUGAAGAUUACGUUGAGGCUGAGGAAAUCUCUAGUGCAAGUGAAGAAAGUGCUGAAAGCGAAGAAGAAGAAACCAACAUUUCUCCUGAAGAGUUUUUCAAUCAAGAGCCUGGCUUCCUAAGUGGAUCAACGGCCACAGUUGCUGUCAUACGGCAAAAUAGAAUAUAUGUUGCCAAUGCUGGAGACUCCAGAUGUGUUUUGUCUCGUAAAGGUCGUGCUGUAGAUUUAUCUUUGGAUCAUAAACCAGAUGAUCCGGAAGAGCGAGCUCGUAUUAUUGGUGCUGGAGGAUCAAUUUCUGAGGAUGGGCGUGUUAAUGGUUGUUUGAAUCUUUCCCGUGCUUUUGGCGAUUUUAAAUUUAAAGGUAAUUCUUUGGAACCAUCUCAGCAGUGUAUCACUGCAGAGCCAUUUAUCAAAUCUAUUGAUAUUGAAAGCGAGGAUGAUUUUCUUAUAAUUGCAUCAGAUGGAAUAUGGAAUUCUAUGUCCAGUCAAGAUGUAGUGGAUUACAUAAACGUAAGACUUCAAGAUGGACGUUGUGAUUUAGAGGAAAUUUGUGAAGAAAUGUUUAGAUUAAUUCUUGCACCAGACACGGAUAACGAUGGCAGUGGUUGUGAUAAUAUGUGUUGUAUCAUUGUAAAAUUUAACAAGAAAGGUAACUCUUCUUUUAUCUACAAAGCUUCUGUGUCAAAUGAAGUUAAGUCCUCGGAUGGUUCCUUGAAACAAGAAGGGGAAAAUGUAAAUACCCCAACUUGUGGUACUGCUGAUCAAAUGACUACAAACAUCUCAGAAAAAAUUUCUCCUGUUGAUGAAAAAAGUAUUCACCAAAGUAAUCAGGGGUCACAUUUGACAGCUCAGUAUUCCAAUCAUUAUAUGCAGCAUUUAGAGAAUUCUGGAUGGAUUGAUUUCUCUAUACAACAAAGGAAAAGUACAAAUUUCAUUGCAAAAUUAUUGAUUGAUUCUUUUUGAUGGAGUUAAUGAGGAGUUCGUGGCCCAGGAAAGCAAAAUAAAGAAAAUUGCAACAGAUUUUUCACAAAAGGAUAUGCAGUGUUCAGUAUGUUCUUUCAGACAAAAAGAAACUUGAGAGUCUUGAGACUAUUGUUCCUUAUUUUUUGGAAGAUAUAUUGAUCUCUCUUGAAAAGGAUCGAAGUAUGAAAAAACUUUUAAAAUUUGAUCAUCUUGUGGUCACAUAUUCUACUUAUAAUUAUGGGGAACAAAUUGCUCAUAAUUUAAAGGAUAUUCAACUUAAAGGAGUAUUUCUAUAAUUCCAGGCAAACAACAUUGUAAAUUUGGCAGACAGUGAUUGCAAGAUAUAAUGAUGUUUAAGUAUUGAAAUGUUAUCAUAUUGAUUUAUUCUCAUCAUUUGCAUUGAAGCUUCUCAAGAAGCUUGAAUUGUAAAGAAGAAAAAAUGAAAAUGGUUUUUAGAGAUUCCAUAAGAGCAGAAAUAUGUGAGAACAUUUGCAACCAUUUGUUUCAUCAGAAAACUUUCAUCUCCAUGAGAUUUAUGCGAGUAUUGUAUUUUUUAUGCACAAUUUAAUGACUUGUCAUUUAAAGAAUGGAUAAUUAAUAAAAUUUUAUUAAUGUAAA